AUGAAAACAAAUCAAGUUCAGCUUCUGGGUCUGAUUCUUGUACUACUCGUGGUUGCUGUCUGCUCUCUUGCUGAUUCAAAGGAAAGUUUAAGCACUGGUUUAGAUCCAAAAGUGGAUGGUACUACUAAUGGUUCAAAAGAAGAACGAGGGUCAAACUUCAAAUCCAAUUCUAUUGAGGGUGAUAAAGGAAAGGAAAAGGGAGGUCAAGUUGAUAAAUCUAAGGUGAACAUUGCUGAUGAUUUGAAUAAGAAUAAGAUGGAUGGCCAAUCUGAGUCCAAAGAUAGUGAUAAUGUGAAGAAGGGAAAGGAUAAUUCAAGUGAGGAAUUUCAAGCAAAGGAGGGUGAUCAUGAUAAAAAGGAGGACUCGAGUGGUGGGGUAGAGUCCAACGACUUGCCUAAAGAGAAGAAUGGUAAAGGGGAUACUCAAUCGAGGAAGGAGGGUCCUCGUGUUGAAGAAUGUGAUCCUUCUAAUAUGUGCAUGGAUGAGGAGAACAAAUUGGUUGCUUGUUUAAGAGUCCCAGGAAACGAAUCUCCAGAUCUUUCACUGUUGAUUCAGAACAAGGGGAAAGUUCCGCUAAGCGUUACAAUUUCUGCUCCAGAUUUUGUUCAACUAGAGAAAACAAAAAUCCAACUCCAAGAAAAAGAAGACAAAAAGGUGAAGGUUUCCAUCACUAGUGGAGGAAGUGAAAACCUGAUUGUUCUGACAGCAGGUAAAGGUCAGUGCAAGCUUGAUAUAAAGGAUACGAUUGCCCACUAUUUUGGAAAGGAGUUUGACAACCCUCACAAGUCCGCUGAUAUAAUAAACUUCAUGUCACGAACCUCUACUGUUGCUGUUUUAUCCUUUGCUGCACUGCUAAUCCUGGCAUCAGGUUGGAUGUGCAUCAUCUUCCGAAGGAAGCACCUUUCCAACAGUAGCUCUAAAUACCAGAGGCUAGAGAUGGAGCUGCCUGUGUCAGGAGGGGGAAGCCAGAGUCCGAAACUAAUGAUGGAUGGGAUAAUAGUUGGGGUGAUGAUUGGGACGAUGAAGAGGCACCUAAGUUGCCCUCACUACCCGUCACUCCAAGCCUUUCGUCCAAAGGCCUUGCUUCACGACGGUUGA